CGAGUAUCGAGUUGAGACGAUGGCCAAGCGCAGCUCGGACGUUUGUCUCUUACUGAUCCUGGUCCUCUCGGUCGCAGCGAAUGCUUCAGAUUUCGAAGAAAAUUACGUGAAGAACCUCGAAUCGUUCGCGAGGACCAAUCUCACAUUCGAAUGUGUCCCGUUUAUGGAACACAAUCAAGUACCAGAAUGUGAUUGCUCAGCUUGCGCGAGCACGAGACCCAAUUUUUUCGAAAAAGUUUGUGAGUUUCGUGCAACGCAGGACCCGCUCCCCAUCAGAAGAAGGUCCGAGUCUGAUCCGAAAAACGAUUGGGACAAUGCUUGCAAGGUUCAAGGCUGCACGAGACCGACGGAGUGCUGUGACCCAAGAGUCGGUGUCCUGGUCGAAAACGGUUGUCCUAAAUGCAUGCCGACCGUCGACGCGAGGACGAGGUCUGGAGCGCACGCAUCCUGUCAGAUCGCCGAUCGAUAUUCCGUCUCAUCAUCUUCGGACAAGGAAUGGAAACAGUUGUACAAGCAUUACGAUGAUGCUAUGAUUCAAGCGAAAGUUUCCAAGAAGUGUCUCUCGUAUGCCGUAGCGCGAACGGCGAAUCCAUGUGACUGUGUGCCGUGUCUCGAGUCGGAAUCAUCGAUUCGCACCCUCAGGGAGAAGCUGUGCGAGAUGGGUCGUGUAGUUCGCACGAACAGUGAUCUGAACCGCCGGGAUUUUUGGGGACACAACGACUAUUUCCUGAAUUUCUGCAACUUCGACAAGUGUCCGGAAAUGCCCCGCCGAUGCUGUGAAGCCCCGAACGAUUCCGAAGCCUCAAGACUCACGUAUCCUGUCGACGCGCAGGGGUGUCCCUCAUGUCUUCCGACCAGCUCACUUUUCGGGUUCGGACCGGGGUGCAAUUCUAAAAUAGGGAAGUUCUCCCGAGCAAACCGCGACCGCGUGAUGAAGAUCCUCGAGAAUUUCGCUCACUGAAACACUGAAUCAUUCGGCUGAUAGCAGAUAAGCGAAUCAAGUGAAUAGUCCCGUUCGGGCACGCAAUCAUCUCCUCAAAUGAAAAGCUUCGCAAGCCUAGAUCGCAUCUAAUCUACAUCGUUGAAUAAACCGGACGCGAGGCAAAGGGGACUGAGGAUAAGGAUUUUGUUCGAGGAAUUCCGGUUGCGGGAGCGGCUCGGGCCGAAGUUUUCCGCGACUCGCGGAUGAAAGCAAUUUAUUCUCGCUGAGUCUCACGUUUUCUCAGACCUGGGUCUAGAUUCUAGAGUGGAUCGUCAGAGAGAAGAUAUGGAAAGCCAUCGAUAGGCAUCUGACGAUGUCCGAGUGUGUUUCCACCUUCGUUGGAUGGGGAGGUACUUUACGCGAGAUCGGCCGAGUGAUUCUCGUCAAUUAUUCAUCAACCGCCUCACCGACUACGAAGAUAAUAAGUCCCCCAGCACCUGUGACGUCAAAGUUAAUCCGCGUUUGCCGAUACGGAUGAGUCUGUAGCAUCAAAGAGUUCGAUGUCACCAUUCUUAUCGUUUCCCGAGGGGAUCGUCUCGAUGUUCCUAUACUCUGAGAGGAUUAUUCGAGUCUCCCUCUCGUCUGAUCCUUAGUGUAUUGCGGAAACGCAUCGAGACGGUUGCGCUCGAUCGUAAGAGUUGCCGGAACCAGUGGGAACCCUCACUCGCUUUGAUCAUCGCUAGUUUUGGGGAUAAUUUUCCAGAUAGUUUCACGGCCUCGACCCAUUGGAAUAAUGAUUUCUCCCAGGAGAUAUAUUUUUCGACAUUUACUCCAUACUGAUCUUUACUGUCUUCUCUCCUUCACGUGUACAAAGUGUUAUAACAUUAUCCGGACAUGAGCAUUUACAAUAAAUAGCGAUCAACAACAUCCUAUGUCGUCCACUAUUCAGCGGAAUCCAAUAAGUGCCUCGGUAUAAGUCAAUCGUCCGAUCGCUCACCCAUCAUGGCGAGAUAUUAUUCUGGUUCAGGUGUGACUUCAUUCAAGUCCCUCUCGACCGUUUCGAUCUUGACUCAAUAAACAUAAUAUUAAGUUAAA